GUUUAAGUGCAUUCGACGCGUCUAAUCUCGGGGCCCUUCACCACUACUACUAAUCUAGGGCUACCAACCUACAUAUUUACAUGCGCAACAUGACCAUUCCUCGCCCUUCGACAGAGUAGAGAAAUGCAGGCCGGACGCAAUGGCGAAAUGGAAGGAGCUUGGAGAGGUGCCAGAUUCGGACGACGAAAGCGGCUUCGAUAGCAGCCAAGAAUCUGAACAUGAACUCCCCCAGCAGCUAAGCAGUGCUGGCGUUGAAAAUGGAUUUGAGGCAGAGCGCGUGGAAAUGAAAGGCAGUAGGACUAUUUGGGAUAUACCUCUUUCGUCUCAAAGUUCCGGGAAAGAACACAAUGCAGAUCGAGAUCUAAUUCCUCCACCACUUCAAGCGCCCCUCGAACCGGAACCCACGCGACAACUCGUUUCGUCCCCUCUUUCGUCGCCACUCCCUGAACCAAUUGAUGGCUUUGGCAAUUCCAUACAAACCGCCGAGGCUGAAAGAAUGGAGCCACACAGGCCUCAGGUGCCAGAAGUACCAUUUACUGAACAAUUUACAACUGCAGUCUUCGAGGUAGAGGAUAUUACCGACGAGGAUGAGGCUAACUCUGCACGAGAAGCAACUCGACUUGGGAGAUCAUUGAGACCAAGAAAGCCCAUUCAAGAGCACCCUUAUUUGCUAGAAAGCGCCCAAUAUAGCAAAACUUUGAAGUCGCAUGGUGUACGGCCCCUACGUGUGCAGAUCGAAGAGGCGGCUAGAAAGAGGCAAGAGGAAGACUCGCAGGAACAAGAUUACGAAGAUGAGAGCCAAUCCACUGUGCGAGGGGUUGUGCCGGAGGAUUCUGGUGAAAGCCAAGAAAUCCAAGAUAGAGUUAUUUUUGAUGAUACCGAGGAGGAAACCGGCCCAACGAGUAGUCCACCACGGCCCCCCGGACGCCGCGGAGAAGAACCGGAGCCUUUGUUGAGAAGCUCUCAAGGGGAUGAUGAAUUUCCCGACCCGGCCGACAUAGCUAAGUGGAAUUUGGGGAAGACGCCAACUGGGGGUAAGAAGAGGCAGACUUCGCCUAGAGUUUCCAAGAAAAGAAAGCUCCCAAAAUUGCAUCAGACUGCGAGACUCACGAGAGAGGCUUCGCCACAAGCAUAUUUUGACCAUAUCUUCGAUAUCCCCCCUUCACCUCCCCAGACCAGUCCGAAUUUCCUUGCGGGCACGCCUGUUACCGCUAUUGGACUCUCUAGACCUGUGACGGCACUUACACCAAAACCAAGUAGCAUUAUGUCAUCACAGAACCAGAGCCCCGUCCCGGCCAACCAAAGCGCUGGGAUGAUUGACCUUACGAUUAUGGAAGAUACCAGCAGCGAGCAUAAUUCGGGCUCUGGAAGCGACUCAGAAACCGACACAGAGACAUUGCAAGCCGCUAUGAAGAGAAGAUUGCGUGGUGUAUUGCCUGCAUCUUGGCUUCGACUUGAUCAACAGGGGCCUCGUCGGAAAAGCACGCAAGCCAUUCCGCAACGAAGCCCAGACCACUCUCCAGAGAGGACCCAGAGGAAAGGCGUAGCUCAACGCCGGCAGGUUUCCCCUAAACCUAGCAAUGGAGUGGCCCUAUUUCUUGAUGACACGGAUGAUGACGACAUGACGCUACAAGCUGACGAGGUUGGUGAGCUCCACCGCAGCAACAACGACAACGUCGGUUUCUCCAUUUUCGAGGAUGAUGCCGCUUCCGUUAUUGAAGAGGAUCCUAUCGAUUUUAUGAUGCCAACAAGGAAAAGAUCUAAUACACAUCUUGAUGGAUUAGAAAGGCCUAGGAAACGAAAGAAAAACCAGCAAUCUACGUUCAAAGGUCAGCCGGGACGAGUAAAGCGACAACAGAGGAUCACUGGGCUACUGGAUAGGGCAAAGAGCUCGUCAGGUCAGAAAAGCGCUCAGAGGCAUCGGACAAGCAGUAGUUCUAAAGGACAUCGAACAGGAGAACUUGGUAGAACGUUAGCUAGGUCUACGCCACCUCCUCGGCUUAGCAUCUUGGAUGUCGUUGAGCCAAACGCACCGUCCUUUAUUCGCAUAGCUGCCCGGACAGCAAGUAGGAGACGAGAUAAGGGUAGAUCCAGCCCCUCAAAAAAGCAGAUAGCUUUGGGGACGCGCCAAGACAACGUUGAUGCCAUCGGUGCUCUUAGAGAUUGGAAAAGGGGUCGCAUUCAACCGAAGGCUCCUUCCAAUGCCCUAGAUAAGCCUCGAUCAAAUUCACCAAAAUCACUUCACCCUAUCUCGAACAAUUCGGUUGUUCAAGCUCUGAGAACAAGUUCGAAACCACGACAGCGCCGAGCUGUGCCCUCAAGUCAUUUCUCGCAGCCUCAGCGAAUGGUCAAGCAGGCAAGUAUCGACAAUUUCGUGACCGUUGAAGCUGCAGCACCAUAUUCAUCAGCGUACCUCAAUCCUACGGGUCCUGUACCUAAACGCUCUCAAAUAGCUCGCGCAAAGUCAUACGGCAACGCAACUUCGAGACCCGCACAGCUUGAAACAGCUGGCGAAAAGGCCGGACGUCAUGUAUUUGAUGCGCGAAAAAGAGCUCUUGAUGCAUUAUAUCGGAAAUCGCGCAGAGCCUUGCCAGCCCCGAUAGGUAUUGGGCUCGAACGACUUGUGGACAGGAGAGUGAUUAUUGACAAUUCCAAUGAACGUGCUGAGGACCUUGCAUUAAAUAAUAAUGAUCCAGCAAGGUCCGAAUCCACUCCAAUACGGAAACGACCGAAGCCUCGAAAACGUUUCCAGCCUCGACACGUGGAUAUUACCGCUCCUCAAUAUGCGCAUGCUAAUGACCCCCUGCCCCGCGAGACGAGUCCUGUAAGCCACAUAGUCGAGACGCAUACGGCUGAGUCUACGGGAAAACUCCUAGGGCUUGGUCCAUUCGGUACUCACUAUACUCAACAUUUUGAGAUAUUUCCACUAGACCUUGGGGUUUUCUUCCAUGAAAGCACACUCCUUGGGAGCGGUCGGUUACUCAAGGCAUCAGACGAGAAAUCUCCCAAUAGUUUACAUCGUCCGCGGGGUCAUAUCACAUUUACCCUCGAUGAGAAAACACUACGUUGGGGUCAGUGGGACGCCCAGACUUCAUCAGAAUUGGGAAUUAUCUUUGACUGGAUGGUGGAUAAUCUUCAUUCCGACUCUUCUGACUUCAACGGGGGUGUUAAUCUGAUACAAGCUGCGGAUUUCGUACUAGAUUACCUCCAAGACUACAUAAAUUUCUCGGACGGUGAAAGUGAAAAGCAUUUCGCUGGCCGUGCCUUAGAAAUACUACGAAGCUUCGUACAGCGCUUGGACAUUCUAAACCCUCAGUUUCCAGAUCAGAUCCGGUCUCUCAUCGAAAUCCUCAGUCGCAGCUUGAUUGUUCUACUCCAGGUCUUGCGUAUUUGUCACAACCUUAAUCAAGUGUCGGAAAUAUUCCAGCUUGAAGAGUUAUUGUCAAAAAUAGCCAAAAGAACAGUCCGUCAAUUGCUCCAGACAGAGUUGGUAGAUAUUCGAAACCUAUACUAUGACCUACAAAGCAUACCAUUCCGGGAGAGAGGUAUUCGUAAUGAGCACUAUUCGGUGGUCUGCUGGGUUAUUCUCAUCCGAGUACUCGAAGAAACUCGCAUCCCUAGGUCUGGAUUUUGGGAUGUCGUGUCUUCUGUUAUACUUAGCACGAACCUAAACUCCAUUAGCGAUGCACACACCUUCGAGCGGAUCUGGUACGAUUUAUUUAUUCUACUCCCGUUGGGUGAAUUUGAUAAUACUGGUGUUCUUGUGCCGGGUUCCAGGCAUACGACGCCCUUGGAGGGUUGGUCCCUCCCACAAGCUUUACUCCGGCGUAUCUUUCAGCUCUAUGAAGGCAACCCAAGACAAUCUCCGAGUUUCAACGAUUAUUGCCGAGGCAUUGUCAGCCGCUGUCAUUACCUCGUAGAACAGUGGGGAUGGCGAAAAUCUAAUGGUAUAAUAGGGACUAUCUUCGACUUCUUUGCUGCUCGAGGGCUCUCUCAUUUGCGGAAUGAGGAAGUAUACAAGUCACCAGACUUCCUAGAGUGUCUGUCGGGAUCACCGCCUCUUGCUACUGUACCAGAGGACAGAUGCUUCCAUAUUUUCUUGAAACUCCUGGCUUUAUCUAUCAAGAACUUGGAGAGCCGGGGCUUCACCAAGGACGCUAGGAAUAUGGUGGCAAGAGUAUUACCGAACCACAACCGGCAGUAUGACAAAGAAAAAGACAUACACGAAAGUGAUCUAGCCGCCCUAAGAAACCACCACGAUCUCCUCUGCACACUGUUUUGGGCCGCACCAGCGAGUCUGCGGCCUUCUGUACAGACUAUCGAAAAACUGGUCGUACCCGCGAGCUCUCAUAAAGAAGCCUGCUUGAUUAGCUUACGAGCCUGGAGUCAACUAUCUCGAUUCGUGAUAUCAUCAGAUGAAGGCAUUGACGCAUACAAACCUUUUGCUGAUUGGCAAAAAUCAAUGUUCCAGCAAGUGAUGGAGCAGUACUUGUCAGCCGAAUCGGAUAUUCAACAGCAACUUUCAAGAAUGUCUAAAGACGCCUCGAAAAAUAUCAGUCGAGAUAUGAUGAACGCGGUCGUAAAACUGAAUAGGAAGAGCGCAAUGGAUGUGAUCCAUUUCUCAAUGAAAGGCUUCCUAAGUGUCAUUAAGCACUCUUCAACACUCGGUGCCGCUUCAUUCAUAUUGAAUAACUACCAACUGGACCAAGUCUUCACCCGUUUCCCAUUCUCAUCUCAAGACUUCGACUGGAGUAGUCUACGAGUUGCCCUGGAUAUUCUCGACUACUACGUCACUGGGAUCGAAGAAUUCUUGGUACAUGGUCCAGCAACAGCCGAUCACUCGUGGCAUGGAGAGGAUGCCAUCAUGCUCCUCGAACGCAAAAUGGCAGUGCCCUUUUUCUCGAUGGCCCGUACUAUUAUUGGGAUGGAUUUUAGAGAUAGCGGACUUGGUCCUACAAGUGAUCGUUCUAUAUGUAUGGAACAGGCUGUAGCGCUAGCAGGACGGGUAGCAGCACGCUUAGUUCAUGCUCGGCUUUCGCGAGUCUCCCAAUUCUUCGUUAGUGGACGAUACGGCAUAUUUCAAAAUAUGCCACGAGCCAUUAGUUCGCCUUCAAGGAGAUAUCAUGCCCUCUUUCUUGCUAUGCUAAUCCAGCAGGGCAUAGACGAUUUUAAGGACCUGGGAGUGACGAUUCUUGAUUUGUUCCUGAUGGAACUCGCAAAGCCUUUAAGCUUUCUGGCCUACGAAAAUAGAUUCGCUCUGGCAAUCCAACGCCAUGGGGACCCGUAUCUGAAAGACGCGAUCAUAGAGAUCGGCAAUAAUCCCGACUAUAACUCAAACCUGGAAUUAUUUAGCCGCGUCGUUUCAAUUAUGCGUAAGACAUUACGGUUUGCGGAAGCAAGCCGGAAACAGCAACUCCAGCCUCAGUUCUCCAAGGCCUUGAAGAGCACUAUGGAUCAGAUAAAGUGUGACCUAAAGUCUAUCACACUAGACUCACCUGAGCACGCAGAUUAUAUUGAGUUCGUCCGGUCUAUCAUCACCGUGAUUAGAUCGCAAGACCUGUGUCCUGUGGACUCCUAUUUUUAUCAAAUUAGCCGGGAAUAUUCUCCCUCUAGUCAAGAUCCUCGUCUACAAAUAGCGGGUAUAUUAUCAUGGGGUCUCAAGCUAGAAGAGGGCGACACAAAGGCGACACCCGGUCUUUUCUACCUACUCUUUCCUAACUUCAAGCUUGCCCUCGCGAAUGGUAAACUUGCGGAUGAAAGCGUCAUCCUCCAACAAGGAAUGGGGAACUCUCAUGUGUUUUCUUUCAUUUUGAGCACGAUGUUCCCAGCAAUCAUAAAAACAGCGCUCUCCGUGCCCGAAGGAUGGGUUAUUUUAGUUACUUACGUUGACGCCUUCGAAAAGCUGCUCACAACACCUUGUAUACACAGGGCAAUUGUGGGGGAGGACGCGAAUGGGCUUCUAGCCGUUUUGGAAUCCGCGUUCGCUAGUGUUCACCAGCUCCAGAGCCUUGGUGCUUCUGAACUACGCGAAGAGCAUAUCUUCACUCUCAGUCAGGUCAUGCGCCUUCUUAACUUGGUUUCGCCAUCUUUUGCGGCGUACCUGAUCAAUAACCCAACUUCUCGAAUAGCAAUCGACAUUACCGAGGCAGCCAAUGCGUUUACAACAUUCACUCGAGCGGCCGGUGAAUACCUGUCUGCUCUUCUCAAAGGAUCAGAGCAGGCAGAUACUGUGUAUCUGAAUAGAUUCUUCAGGGGUCUUCAUGGACUGAUGCCGAGUUCUUUCUCGCAGCCUAAUGAGCACGUCAACAAAUUUGCUCAUCACAUGGUCCGGGAUAUCUGUGAUAACUGGGUGUCGGACGGUUCGAUCAUCAAUAUAAGAGGACCAUCUAGAGUGCAGGGACUUGGGCAAGGGACCACAAACCCAAAAUGGGAUGCGAGGAAGCUGAUCCAAACCCUUCAUGAGCAGCUUCAGGAAUGGAAUUAUACCAAUGAUGUGGAAACGACGAGGACUUCAAAGCGAGCUAAGUUGCUGCUUGAAGAGCAUUUGUUUUAGGACGUAUGGAUGCAUUCAGCCUGGCGUUGGGGUUAUAAUCGUGGAUAAAUGAAUCAUUUAAAAUUCUUAUCCAUACCUAGGUACCUACCUAUAUAUACGUGAAAUCAAUAUGCAAUUAUGCAAUUAUGCAAUUAUGCUUAAAA